CUCCUGGUCUUUAGAACAGCCAUCCUUGAAGCGGUUAAAACGCUUUUGGAAGCGAGGGAAAAGCAUCCGAAAGAAAUCUCCAUGCGCCAUCAAGAAGGUAAGAAUAACUUAAACAAUCCCUUAUUUAAAGACUGAAGUAAUCUGGCCUAGUUAUUAUUGUACUACUCGCGUUACCUUCUCCAUUGGAUGGUCUUUGUUUUACAGAGUUUAAAACUCAAUCAUAUGGGGCGAAUUCAUGAGACGGGAAGCUUUCGUGGUGAUUUUGUUCUUUUCUGUAAGUCUAGUGGUAGGAACUUUACUUUCGUGGAGAAGAUUUUUUAAAGGGUAUCGCAUUUGGGAGCUUAUGUAACGACGACGCCGAACAGUAUUGUACAUAGGUCACGCUUUUUGGUACAUUUCUUUAAGCUACAACGGAUGCAACAACUCCCAACAUUGUUUUGUCGUGCCCAGAUUAGCGUUUUGUUAGUAAAUACAUUGUUGUUGGUGGUGUAGUUCAUUGUUGAGCCAACAUUGUUGGGCCAACAAUGUUGGAAUUUGUUGCCUCCGUUUGUACGUAGCUAAAAGUUUUUUUUUUUCAAACUUUGCGCAACAACUCCUACCAACAUUCAACAGCGUGUGCAAACGGACAUGUAAGAUUCAACAAUUUUGAGCCCGCUUACACGGGGCUUUACUGUCGACGUGAAACGUUCCUGUUUUCAUGUUCUUUUUAUUAUAUGUUUUUCAAAGAGUUUCUACUGUAUGUGAUAAAUUUGUUUGAAAUGCUACAUCUUGUUGUUUUUUGACAGUGUUUGGCCGUGCUUUCAAGCUAUUCCAGUAUGAUGUGUCGAGUGCCCCAGUGUCUGUUCAUUUACCAGUGUCAAGAUUUCUUGCAGGUCAGUUUAUAUUAGAGACCUUUAGAUUCUAUGACGAGGACGACUACGAGGUAUUCUCAGUGCUAAGUAGAGCUGGCGCGUUAACCAGCGUCAUUUUGGCGGGAGAACGAGAUAGCCAUCGUCAUUCUACUACGAGUUGAGGCGAGAAUCUCGUAGUGGCGGAAGCAAGUUAUCGAAUCUCGGAACUUUUAUCAUUUUGCGAUUGGGAGACGGCUAAACUUCCUUCAAUUAAGAUGGUAGUGCCAACUUUUCUGGUGAAAAAAGUGCAGCAAUAAAGCUUUGCGCGGUGUCUAUUUUUUGCGUAUACGCAAAAAAACUUAAGGUCUGAUCGCCCUCUCGUAGUUGUUAUCGUCCUCGAAUCUCAAGGUCACUGUUACAUGUAUAUUCGUGUGGGUGUAACGAGUCAAACAUUCGGCCCUCUUCAGACACACUGAUUUGUUUUUAACACUCCCUUGAACCAUAAAGCCGGAUUUCGUGAGGUUUCACGAACACAAGAAAAGGUUCCUUUUCUUUACUGAAGCAAAGUGAGACUUUCUACAUUUCGCUCGCCAUUGUUGUGUACUAUCGCUGUAUUACUAAUACACACGGUUGUAAGCUCUUGGAUUUCACAGUAACUAAAGAUUCCGUUACCGUGUUGUUACUGUGGUCUUAAAAUAACGGAACCAAACAAUAGUUUCUCAGCGCCAUUUUUAGUCUUAGGGAUCCAUUUACAGAAAUUCAUUAUUUUUCCACACAGAUACUUAACUGGUAGAGCAAUUCUUUAGUUAAGACUCGUAUACCAAACUGAAAUGGGUAGUAUCUAUCAGUUCCAUCUUGAAUCAUUCCCAAAAAGCAUUAUACAUUACUAGUUUACGGCUGCCUUCCAGCGCUGAGAUAAAAGAAAAAAUGUAUGACUUUGAAAAAUUGAAAACAUUUAGGGGAUGAGUUCCCAGGAAUUUUCAUGGAACCAAAAUAUUGUUACUGAUGGUUUCUCGUGAUGUCUGGGCACAGAACCGAAAAGUUGUUUUCCAUGGGAAUUGAAAUCCUAGCGCUUGGGGUUGUCACUAAGAUUUUGAGUCGUCGGGUAAAUACUGCAAGUAGGCGGAAACCAAACAGCUAGGAGUCUCUUUUGGUGCUAUGUUUCCUCUGUUUCCCUUUGAAAGUAGCCGGGGGCCACCUUCAUAGUACCCCGGGGGAAAUCCCCCCCCCCCCCCCCCUUUAAAUGACAGCCCUGGAUACAUGUCAGUUACUUUGCGUUUCAGUAAAUGCUGGGUUUCCUUUUAGGUCUUCUGAUAUCCUGUGACAAGUAUGAUCUAACCUUCUGGGGACUUCUUGGAUUUGAAACUGACGUAAGGCUGUUAUAAUUACAUAAGUGGCAUUUUGAUUUCUGUUGCCGGGUGGUUCUGACUUUUGAGUCCGUGGACGAAAUCCUUUUCCUAAGCCUUUCAAAUUAAACCUCUUCAGCAGUACUAUUUAGUAAGUAAUAACUUUAUUUAACGAGGGUAAAGACAUUGAUUACUGGUCACCCAGUAGUUUUCAUAAUGGCCCUCCCUUUAUUUGGUUUGUAGUCCUAACUUUUGACUCAGUGGAUGGAAUUCUAUGGUGUGACCAUUCAAUUGAAACCUCUUCAGCAGUACUUUCACAUAGUACUAUUUAUUCAGUAUGUAGUUCUAACUUUUAAGUCUGUGGGUGAAAUCCUAUGAUGUUACCAUUCACGUGAAACCUCUUCAGCAGUACUUUCACGUGGUACUAUUCAUGCAGUAUGUAGUUCUAACUUUUGAGUCUCUGGAUGAAAUCCUGUGAUGUGACCAUUCAAAUGAAACCUCUUCAGCAGUACUUUCACAUGGUACUAUUUAUUUAGUAUGUAGUUCUAACUUUUAAGUCUGUGGAUGAAAUCCUAUGGUAUUACCAUUCAAGUGAAACCUCUUCAGCAGUACUUUCAUAUGGUGCUAUUUAUCAAGUAGUUCUAUCACUCCAUGUGAGGGAUUCCAGAAUCUGGGAAAAUUUUGCCUGUGGAAUCCGGAAUCCUAGGGCGAAGUUCAAACUUUUGAGUCUGUGGACGAAAUACUGUGGUGUGACCACAGUAGCAGUACAUCUCGUGAACCUCAAAUAAAAGGCUUGAUCGUAGGCUGACUUAUAUCGAGUCUAAUUAUGUAUGUUUUGCUUUAUUUAUUUAUGCUCAGGAUGACAGACUGAAGUUAUUUCUAAUGGAGUACCCGCUGCGUACUCUUGCCAUGGUUGCUCAAGUUCAAGCUGGGAUGUGGAGAAGGAAUGGUUAUGCGGUCAUGAAUCAGGUAUACAGAUUUAAGAAAUCUAUCUUCUUGUGUCAAUUGUUGAAUUUUUCACUGAAAGAUAGGUUGAAGCCCCAAAAAGAAAGAAAUAUCUUAAUUGCCAGACUCUCCAGUUUCCAGUCUUGAAAUGCACCAACUUUCAGCGCUUUUGAAUUUCAAACUGGUCCAAAAUUACCGUCAAAAUAGUUUCCCGAACAUCAGUUCUAAAAAUAAAUACUUAGACUAUACCUAUAUGAAUAAAUAGAUAAAUAGAGAGAGAAAAUUUGACUUCUUGUGCACUUUAUUGAUUGAAUUUCAUCCUUAACGUCCUUAAAGUCACUCUAAUUUAUUUAUAACUUCGUUUUCUAACCAGGUGUAUCACUAUUUCAAUGUCAAAUGUCGGUCCGUCAUGUUUGACAAGGACGUUAUAAUGCUUCAGGUAAAUACCAGAUUUCUUCUAAUACGUAUUGGUAGUUUAGCGAUACUCUUUUAAUCAUUACGAGUUUUGAUGUGUUUUCUGUCCUAAUUUAUAACAAAUAACGCUGUGACAGCAAUUUAGACUUGUUACAAGUUGAUCUCUCAUAAGUUGUAAGUAAGUUGUAAGUAAGCGAGGCGAGCUUCAAUGCAUGAGGUCGCGCAGCGACCGAGCGAGCGAGGAAGUCUCGAGGUUGACUUGUAUCGCCUAAAGGGAUUUAAAAUGGCGUAACCAACCAGGAAAAACUUUUAGAAAGUCUAACAGCAAUUCAACUGAGGCGAAAGCGAGUUAUAGGCUGGCCUCGUAAUAUGCGAGAGGAAGUAGGAUCUGGGUGAUUUAGAUUGGGCAAAAGUUUUUUCAAGGCCACUACUGUGAUCGGUUUUUUGUGAAUUUUGGUCUGCAGUGUAAAUGUGAGACUAUCAACUAGACAAACCUCUGAUAGAAGGAGAAGUUGUACUUUUUACAUUUGAUCAAUUUUUAGGUUGUGGCAUCUUUUCUUGAUAGUGAUUACUUCCUGGUAGCCCUUCUUGACAGGUUUGGACUUGUCAACUGGUCCAUGUAAGUUGUAUUUAGUCGUAGCUAAAUAAAGAUUUUAUGCCGAUCGUGAAUUAUUUGUGGCCACCAGCCAUCGGCGAGAGAAACCGUGACUCACUGGUGUCAGUGAUCGUAGAUUUGGCCAUUUUGAGGUUAGCGUGCGAAUAAAACGGUUUGUCCCCCCCCCCCCCCCCCCCAACCCUAGCGUCCCAAGUGGUGAGCAGUGAAGAGAGACCAAACAAAACUAAACUAACCUUAUUUCAAAAGGAUGACACGUGACAGUUCCAAUAAUUCAUAACCCUGUGGUCCUCUUAGAGCCACCAGCUUACUGGAGACACUUUCCCCAUCGGAUUGGAAUUUGAAAUGUUGGUUUUUGUCUUUUGAGGAAAGGGGAACACUGGAGAACCCGGAGAGAAACCUCUCGGAGAAAGGGAGAAAACCAGCAGCAAACUCAACCCAGGGACUAGUUGCAUCGACUCCGGUACUCGACCCCAGGCCACAUUGGUGGUGGCAUGCGAGUGCUUCAUCCACUGUGGUAUUCGCACUCCCCACCCUCACAGCCAGCCCCCACUCCCCAUCCCCCCCACUCCCCCCCCACCCCCUCCCCACCCCCACUCCCUCUUUAAACGAUAAAUAGAUAAUAUUGAAUACAAACACGAAAAAUCAUACCUUGCUGACAUAUGACUGAAUUUGCCAUUCCUACACAGGCCUAGUUUUGAUGAUAGCAGAUUUGACCAGGUAAAACUCAUUUCUGUGCGCUGAUGUGAUAACUCAUUUGUUUCACUUUCUCUUUGUCCGAUUCAGUGCUUCAGAAUCUAUGCUACUAUUGCUGUUGUAAAGCAAUAAUCGUUUGUUGUUUCAUUUCAGGAGAAACUUAACCAGAAGUUGACCAUCGCAGAAUCCUUUUUUUCUCUGCUCAUAGCCAUUGUAGGUAAGGCGGUGUCAAGUGUUAACAGGCGCUUAAGAAAAGACCAGCUGAAAGACGUUUUUUGCGACUCACGUCAGCCGGAAGUAAGUAAAGAAUGCAAAAAGUCAGCUUCCAGUUAGCAUGGGUCUUUUCUUAAGCUCACUAACCUCUCAACACAGAGCGGUGCUCAAUGAUUUUGCGUCGCUACUCUUCACGCUUUCUGUGAUCACAUGUCUGGAUCCAACAAGACCAGGUUGGUUGAGAUUCUGUGAACGAGGGGUAUGCGUUUGUGAACAAUGCAACCGAAAAAUGUUUGUUUUGAGAACACUUUUGGAAGGAACAAGUUGGGGGCCUUGUGUGGGAACAUAAUUAUUUUAAGCGGCUCAAUUCUAAACGCAUUUUAUUAGCAAGGUGGCGUUUGUUUUUGUGAAAUUUAGGUGAACGGUAUUUCCCUGGUGUUGGGCGCGUGUCAGCGGAUGAAUUUAUGAGAAGGGAGAUCAUUCACAAGCUAUGUCUCAAACCCAUGACGCAUAGCGAGCUCGUCAAGGCUUUGCCGCUAGACAAUGAACUAGAGGACGAGGAAGGAGUGGAUGGCAUCAUUGAAUCUGUUUCGACGUUCAAGUAAGUAAUCUCAGAUCAUUUAUUGUUCAGUAUACUUACUAUACAAUGAGUCGUCUCUUGAGGAAAGUACCCCUAAUGUAAAGGGCUUCAAGGGGGUUAAAGUUCGAUUUGUCAGUACCUGCAAUGUUGGACAGAGUAUAUGGAAAAGCAAACCCCUUCCUUUGGAAAUCAAGGAUGAAACCGUAUGAAGGCCGAAGGGCGCCAUUAUCUUAUCUUUGAUUUGAGAGGGGGGAGUUGCCUUGUUUUUUUGUUUAUGCGUCAUUGUCUUACCCUUGAUUGGAGAGGAGAUCUGAAUGUUCCGUUUAUUCUGUCCAUGUAGUCAUCAGCUCUGGGGUUAAAAUCAAUUUUGUGUCGUUACCGGUCUAAUAAAUUCAAAUGUAGCGGUUACAAUAAGACAUUGGAUGUUAGCUUUUAAAUGAGGGACGCCUCCCUUGUAUCCUCGUGACGUUGGAUGAUCCUUACGUGACGUAACGCGUUACUGAAACCCAAUCAAUCUGCCAGUGAUAUGACCUGCGAUGAAUCGGACAGGUAGGACUAAAAUCUUCAAUGGACUUAAAAGCCUAACUUUAUUCAAACCUCGGGGAGGGGGAGGAGCAUAGAAAGUGUCCGUAUUAAGGGGCUUGAAUUUAGACAAAAUGUGACUUCUUACUUUCCCCAGGGACAAGGAAAACUUUCUGUAAUAAAGAGGUGUCCAUAUUAAGCGGGGUUCUACUGUUUCUACCUUCCAAAUCUUAUACAGCCGAACCCCUUAAUGCGGACACCUCUUUAUUACGGACAGUUUUCCUUGUCCCUUGGGAAAGGAAGCCCUCGUAGUUUUUCUAAAUUCAACCCGCUUAAUACGGACACUUUCUAUGGCCCCCUCUUUGUCCGUAUUAACGGGGUUUGACUGUAUUUCUUAGUAAAUACAAGAGUUGAUGACACAUAAUCAAUUACAAGUAGAUGCAUUGUGUGGGUCCAUAACUGAUUUUAAGCGUUAUUUGAUUAAAGGAAACCUGGAGUUACAGGUAAAGGCCUGUACGAUCUGAAACCAGAGUGCCUCAAAGAGUACAACCCAUUUUUCUAUCACUACACGCGGAUAGAGCAGUCCAAGGUGAAACAUUUGUACUUGUUGCCGUUAGGCUGUAAUUUCUCUCAUUUCUUGGGAUAGUCGAUAUGUGUGAUAACACGGGCGAGAGGGCGAUUUACAGACUAGUUUCGCCCUAUUACAAGCGCACCCAUAGUCUCUCUGGAAAAUAAAACUUUUCAAAUGCUUUAUUCUUUUGAUUUUUAAUAUAGCUUUUUACGGAGGACGACGCAGUCAGCCAUCGUCAUAAAUUCGGUAGCGCAUUCCUUUCGUAUUUUUCUAGGGAGUGCAAAAUUCCCUUCUUUUUUAAACUUUUUAACCCUGUGUCCCGUGUGUCCACUUGUGUCCCCUUGUGUCCCUUGUGUCUCCUGUGUCCCUUGUGUUCUUUGUGUCCCCUGUGUCCCCAGUCUCCUUUUGGGUCCCCUGUGUCACCUUGUGUCCCCUUGUGUUUCGUGUCCCUUGUGUCCCCUGUGUUCCUUGUGUCUCCUUGUGUCCCCUGUGUCCCGUGUCCCCUUGUGUUCCCUGUUUCCCCUUGUUUCCCCUGUUUCCCCUGUGUUCCUUGUGUCCCCUUGUGUCCCCUGAGUCCCCUUGUGUCCCCUGUGUCAUGUGUCCUCUUGUGUUCCCUUGUGUCCUCUUGUGUCCCUUGUGUCCCCUUGUGUGCCCUGUGUCACUUGUGUCCUUUUGUGUCCCUUGUGUCCCCUGUGUACCUUGUGUCCCGUUGUGUCCCCUGUGUCCCCUGUGUCCUUUUGUGUCCCCUGUGUCCCGUUGUGUCCCCGGUGUCCCUGUGUCCCUUUAUGUCCCCUGCGUCCCGUUGUGUCCUGUUGUGUCCCUCGCGUUCCCUUGUGUCCCUUGUGUCCCCUUGUUUCUCCACGUCUCCUCUGUGUCACUUGUGUCCCUAGUGUCUUUUGUGCCCCCUUGUGUUUCUUGUGUCCCUUGUGUCCACUUGUGUCCCCUUUUCCAUUUAAAAGAAAGGAAAUGUUCGGCGGUGUUACCCUUAUUUGUCAUAUGGCGGGAAAACUUUGAUGGGUUUCAUUGCUUUUAUAUGACAAGAAGCAUUUUUUUACGCACGCUCAGGAGGUCAAAUGAUGUGACUUUUCAUGAAAAUGAAAAAUCAAAACACAAAGUUCUGCUUGACUUGGUUAGGAAAUAAUUUGUUUAAUUUUUGAUCAUCAACAAACAGCUCACUGAUUUAUUAAUUUGGGCGACCAAACAGUGUCUGGGAAUCCGAAGGGCUCCUCGAAAAUUAUAUUUGAGCGACCAUCUAGGCAGCCCAGGUAAAAUGCUUGGGAAGGGCUUGGGUAAUGUAAUGUAAUGUAAUGUAACGGAACGGAACGGAACUGAACGUAACGUAACGUAAUGUAACUCAUCUUCUGGUAUAUUUAACAGAACAUAUCCGUCUCUCUUGCACACAUUUGUUGUUGAUACACUGCUCAACUUGCCAAUGCCAUUCGACAUAAUUCUUACUUACCCCAACACCUUCCGCGUAAACGCCCUCAGGCGUCUUCUUGUCCUUUUUUUUUUGGGAAGGGGGAGAUUUACGCCAGAAGAGGGUAUUCUUUAAAAAUUUCAUCAUUGUUUUAGAAAAAAAAUUAUUUUUUACUUUUUUUGAUAGACAGAGGAGCAUAUACGAAAGAAGAUGACAAACGAAGGUAUAACCAUGUCCAUAAGCUAAUCGUACAUCUGAAGUAUUCUUCUGUAGCGUGUAAUUGGGUGGUCACACUUUAGCAAGACCCUAUCUGCAGUCUCAGAAGUUAGAAGUAAAUAAAGAGCUUAGCUUUUAUUUAUUCUAAAGGGUUUCAUUCACAGACUGAAGAGUAAGAAUCACUUUUUACACCCACAAUCGGCGACAGAGUUGUUGAGACAUUGUAUUCAAAUAGAGUAGGGGUGGGGAUUUUUUUGUUCUCUGAAGUUCCCCUCUCCCCUCCAUUCAAAGUUGGGGUGUUUGUUAUUUUUUAUAGGUAGCUUGAACAGCGGCACAACAUUGCAUUGUUUUCCCCUUUUGAAGUCUGUAAAACGUCAGAAAGCCCCUUUAGGGCGAAGUGACUCAACUAAUUUUGUCGCCCAUUGCAGGUACAAUACACUGAAACAACCUCUUGCAAGACCAUUCGUUCCUGCUCUGUAGAACCUUUCUCUACAUUGUUCACGCUGUUACACCUUCAUUGAAACUUUAAACCGUUCGGGCUAAGUGAGAGACUGGGUCCACGUCGCCUCGCCUGUUUUAGUGCACGAAUCAGUUUUGACCCAGUUUCUCCGCUCAACUUUGUAAUAGCCAAUCAAAGACGCGAUAGAAUCCCUAAAACAGUCCCAUCAUGCAAUUCGGCACAACACCGACCCAGUCUCUGAACAACUACAAAACGGCUGUAAGGAAGAUACUGUGCAACGUUUUUACAAGGCGUCACCAAUGGUCACUAUUUUGAGGUUUACCCUCAAUAGUUAACCUUGCAACUUCUACAGCGUAAUAAAAAAUACCUAUAUAAGGCUAAGUAACAAUCAUUUUCAUUCAGGGAGUCCAAUUUAUUAAUCGUUAGGCACAUUUUGCAAAGACAACGUGACGUCAAAUAAGAAGCAAAAACGCGCGGAAAGGACUGAAAACGAUUUACGGUUCUCAGUUUACCACUCGGCCUUUGGUCAAUUCUAAUUUAACGUGCGCGCGUUCUUUGUUGUCGACGCGCGGUAACCGAUUUCUUUGGCUAAAUACGAUUGUUUAUAGGAGCGAAAGAGUUCACAUUUUGCAUGAUAUUUUGCAGUUGGUCCCCCACCUAUCCCCCCUGAGUUCUGUGAGCCUUUCAGUAAGGUGUUGAAGCUGAUGUGCUGUAAGACGCUAGUGGGUCUGAUGAAUACCCUUGUCAGUCGUGUCAACAAACCACACCCAAGGGCUGUUACGGAUUUACUGUUUCAACAGGUACGUUGUUUUCUGUCCUAAAACAGGCGUUUUUGCUUUGCGAUACGCAUGCGCCUAGCGGGCAACCAUAAGGCUUCAAGCAUCAGUCAGUCCUUUCCUACCAUAUUUACUCUAAAGACCGCCGCCGUCAAAUAAGCCGCGGCUUCACCCUUCAGACAAAUUUUGCAACACAAAAUGAUUCCUGAGGCUUCGGAAGGUCAAAUUUUAAAUCUGAUGGCUGUCAAGCAGAAGCCCAUCCAGUUAACAGUUCAACCUAGUUUCGCGCUACUUCAUUUCUCUCUUUAUCUGAUUUCUUACUAGGUUCUUCAUUUGGUAUGCCUUGCUCUUCAUGAAGAAAAACGAAAAAAUAUGACUGGAAAUAAUAGUGAAUUUAACUUCAUUACCAUGGCAACCUCGACGGAAGGUAAUGGGAAUAUUUUUUCAAAUUAUUAUUGUUCACAAGUUUUGUUUUCUUGGUGUGUGAUGAUGACAGACUCCUAUUUAAAAUCUCUCCUACACACUCUCUGAUGUACGUAGGUCUCUCAUUGCACUUCGAUUUAUUUAAAGGAUAGAGAGUUUUAACCGCGGCAAGACUAGUUCAGUCAGUAGAGCGCUUGACUGCAGACCGUGUGGUCGCGGGCUCGAUCCAUGGGGCCAGACCAAUACACAGGGCCUCAAAACAACUAAGAAAUGAGGGUAUUUCUUUCACCUUGCAAAUGGCUAGAACUUCGUGUGGUAAGGAAAAAAAAACAAGUGUAUAUACAAGAGUAGAAGAGGUUUGAAUGACUGAAUUUCCUCUUGUACUGACUUUGGAUAAUAUCUUUCGUUAUUUUGACACAUUUAGGUCAACCACAGAGUCUCCUAAAAUCGCUGGAGGAUAUUCACGACAUCGAGUGUCCAGACAUGUGCAAAGAGCAUGUCUCACAGCUGGACUGGAUUAUUAAGGUAGAAAGAGUUGUUGAAUGCCGCCGGACCUGGUUGUUUAAAAAUUGUAAAGCGCUAGGCAGUGUAUAAGUAUUAUGGCAUACAACUCUGCUAAACGCACUUGGUGACGGCAAUUUGUGUUUUGAGUUCUGAUCGGAUAAUUGUCUUUCCCGCGCUUGGUGUCCGCUACGUGUGUGAGUUCUGAUUACUUCGUUAGACUAUCUUUAUCAGUUUUGGUUCGCUCAAGUUUUGCUUUUGCAGCACUGAUCUUGAAACUCGCCUAAUAUGGGUGCUUAAAGAAGGUGACGCUCCCCUUUUAAUUGUAUUUCUGUAGACGUUUCACAAAGAGCUCGCUGCACGAGACAUAACGCCACGAGGGGUAGGUGCUGCGCGCCCCUCCCUGGCGAGGAGUGUUUCACAGGAGGAGGAAAAAGCAAGAAGGGCGAAGCUUGCACAAGAGAGACGCGCUAAAGUCAUGGCUCAGAUGUCUGCUUUACAGAAAGUGUUUAUCAAGGAAAAUGCCCAGUUACUGGCGUCAAUGGAGGCAGAAGAGUACGAUUCGAUUCUCUUAACAUUUUCUCCCCACAGUCAGUGCACGUUUGUUUGUUGUUUGAGAUUUGCCGAAACUGUUGUCCAAAUUUUACCGUACCUACAGAUCUGUAUCAAAACUUUUACUGAUUUAAGAUGAAAUCAUACAUUCUUAUCGUAAUUUCAAGUGAAGUUUAAGUUUAAAGUUUUUUGUUAAUCUCUAUUGCCUUAGUUUCAACACUUCUGAGCCACACGUGGAAACCAGUGAACCCAGCCUAGAAGAGCCAGUUGUGCUAGGUGUUCAGCGGUGUCGGCAAGAUGUACGCGCACCUCGCUAUGUGACCGAACCUUGUAUUCUGUGUCAAGAACAACAAGAGGUACGUUGCAAAGAAGAGAAACCCGGGGAUGCAUAUUUGAUUAUUUUAAGUGACCCUUGUAACAUUUCAGUCUUCCACAAGACCGCCCUUUGUGUUGAACUGUUAUCGCCGGAAAUUCUACAAUCGUACCCGACUUAAGAUCGAAAUUCCCUUCUCGUUUGGUUUACUUGCAGGUCAACAGCGAUGGUCGCGCCGUAGUCAUGGCUUCUUUUGUCCAGCGGUCGACUGUUAUGUCUCGCUCCCGCGGGAAGAUGUUUGAGACCGGGGACGAAGUCGACCCGCUGCACACCCCGAGGGACCUCUACUGGGGCGUUCAUGUCAACAGCUGUGGUCACAUGAUGCAUAGUGAUUGUUGGCAGGGAUUUUACAAGUCUGUCACGGUGAAAGAACGAAGGGCUUUGCGAAUGGGGCAGCAUUUUACUGUGGAUAUCAGUAAGGGGGAGUAUUUGUGUCCGCUUUGCGGAUGUAUCAGCAACACAGUCCUACCAGUCCUGCCUUCCCUGUUUAACGGACAGGGAGAGGGGUAAGGAAAUAUUUGUGUCAAGAAGAUAAGUACUAUGCCUGAUGGUAUCUUUGUAAGUUCCACUUGUAACGGAAACUGCCCACCUACCCCUCCCCUAAGUCAACGUUAACGCUCGCUCUUCACUUAGGAGAAAAUGUUGGCUUAGGAGAGGGGUAGGUGUUCAGUUUCCCAGAGACUGAUCUGAGGGCUUAUUUGUUACAAUUUGCAGCUGUGUCGAAGAGGUCACCGUCGCAGAAUUUCUUAGCAGCAUGCAGGACGUUGUCUCUUCAAAUUUCAGCUUGUUUUCAGAAGAAGAUGAAAAGAAAGGGAAAAAAGGUGCACUAAACUUUUCUUUUAAAGCCCACUGAAUCGUUACUAAAGCUUGCGUUACUUUCCUUUGGAGCUACUCGAAAUACUGGCCUUUCGACGCAUUAGGAAUUGUCUACGCGAUGCAUAGGAAAUGUGGGUAGAUACAAUCAAAGUGAGAUUAACUUUGAGACGAGGCUUCUGAGUCAGGAGUUGCAUCCCAGAUGAGCAGGCUGCAUGUAGGGGGUUAGCGAUUGUAGAAUGUAAUCUCGUCCUGCCACGAGUGCUCAAGAAGUGGUCAGAGAUUUUAGAAUGCUCGAAUGCUCAGUUUAACUCAAGAGCCAGUCUCUGUAAGAUCCUCAUAUCGAGUUUUGCCCACGAAAUGGAUUUCGCUCAUAAUUUUUCUGUAGACUUCUUUUAAUAAGUAUAUAACAAAUAUGAAACCAGAUUGGAGAAAUUCGCUUCUGUAAAUUUUUUUUAACGAAUUUUCUUUCGGCGCCACACAAGGACCUGAGAUGCUUGUGAAAUAUGCAAAUUUUGUCAAAAUUGAACCGCUUGCUUCAGAUAAAAGAGUGCGACCCAAAGCUUCCAAUUUACUAGUUGAUUUAAUUGAGCCUUUAUCUUUAAAAUAAUACGGGUCAGAAUCAUCAACACUUUUUCGUUUAGAAAAUCUGAGGAAACACGCUUAGCCCCUUUGACCCACUUAGCGAAACACACGAUUUUAGCCAAAUUCAGUGGAUUAAAUCUCAAAAGUGGCUCACACUUACAGACUCUCCUGCAUAUCAUUGUGUAGUUCAAUCCUUCAGCUACUGAAUCAUGUUAAAAGUUUUGGCGGCCAUUCAGUUUUGGUCGAGGGGUGAGUGGCGAAAUUGGCCUUACUUUGCCCUUUGGCAGGCAUUUCGCCAUCGCGAAGUCCAGAAGGAUUGUCAGAAUAGAAAGCGAGAAAUCGGGUAGAUGCCACUCGAAAAUUGUCCAUUCCUAAAGACUGCAUACUUUCAAUCACUGUUUUCCAUGUGGCUGUGGUUUUAACCAAACGAAGAAGAAAGAGAAAGCAGUGAACGUGAGCUUAUUUACUGUUGGCCUUGUUUUUGUAGGGUUUGUGGAACGCGUGGGAUCUGGAAUCCGGAAUGCGGAAUUCGCAACCCUUUUCUUUUGUUAUUUGUGGAAAAUCAUUUCGCAUUUACAAUAUUUGUUUGUUUCUCUUUUUUUAAAAUUAUAGAAUAUUAAGCAGGAAGUCUCAGAGGUCUUCUUAGGCUGCUCUAGUCACUAGGGGGAUUCCCUAUCCAAACUGUCUCUGCUGUUGAAAAUGUCUCAAUUUAAAUAUCUUACUUCUUAAGAGGAGAUAUCUGAAAUUGCAGUGGUUCAUUAAGGGUCGGGCACCGGGCAAAUUGACCGGCUGUGAACAUGACUUUGCCCGCUGCUUUACAUCUCAAAGAACUUCUUUUUAAUACAAGGAACGAUCAAAAACAGUUUUAAGUUACAAUCGUGCCCUUUUCUUGAUGAGUCUUAUCGAGUGUAAAACAUACUUUGCAAGCAAUUUCCACUUUAUUACACGCGGAAUGAAAUCCCCUCGUUCGUUACACGUGUUAAAAACAAGAAUCGCCCCAUAACACAUUGCGAAAAGAACUCUGCUUCAUAAACGACCACCUGAAAUGCAUCAGUGUUGCGAGCACGUGAGCAUGGCGGCCCACAUAACAUGACACAUGUUAUAUAACAUAACAACAUAACAUAUGUUAUAUAACACGUUUUGUUAUAUAACAUAACAUAUUUUAUGUUAUAUAACAUAACAUGACACAUCUUAUAUAACUUAACAUGACAUGUUAUAUAACAUAACAUGACACAUGUUUUUCUUUUAUUUGUAUAUAUUUAUGUUAAAACACUGGAAAACUUUGCGAGAGGGCUGGGUAAAUGCCCUUGACACCCUUUACGACUUAUUCUUGAUACCUGAUAAUCUUCUUUGUACGGGCAAGAGCCUAAAUAAACACAACACGUUUCCACAGCUACGAAAAAUAGAAUCUAUGACAUCGUUCAAAUAAACAGGGUUUCUUCAACUGAGAAGUUUAUGAUCUCACCCAAAGCAAAUAAAAUGGUAUUCACACAAUUGCAUUGAAAUGAAAUACAAUUUAGAUGUCAUAACAUAACAUAACAUAUUUUAUGUUAUAUAACAUAACAUGACACGUUAUAACAUAUCUUAUGUAAUAUAACAUAACAUGACACAUGUUAUAUAUUAUAACAUGACACGUUCUAUAACAUGACAUGUUAUAUAAAAUAAAAUAUGUUAUAACAUGACACAUAACACAUGUUAUAUAACAUAUUUUAUACCAUGACACAUGUUAUAUAACAUAUGUUAGAACAUAACACGACACAUGUUAUAUAACAUAUUUAAUCACAUAACAUGACACAUGUUAUAUAACAUAUUUUAUGUAACUUGACACAUGUUAUAUAACAUAACACGACAUGACACAUGUUAUAUAACAUUACACAUGUUAUAUAACAUCUAACAUAACAUGACACACGUUAUAUAACAUAACAUGACACAUGUUCUAUAACAUUACAUGACACAUGUUAUUUAAGAUGACGUCACACAUUUUAUAAAACAUGACACUUACACAUGUUAUAUAACAUAUCAUGACCCACGUUAUAUAACAUAACAUCACACAUGUUAUAUAACAUAACAUGACACACGUUAUAUAACAUAACAUGACACAUGUUAUAUAACAUAACAUAGUACAUAUAUAACAUAUGUUAUAUAGCAUAUUUU